GCGCGCAGUGGGGGCAAGAUGGCGGCCGCCGAGAGCCCCGCGGGCGACGGGGAGCCGUGGCAGUCCUGGCUUCCCAACCACGUCGUGUUCCUGCGGCUCCGCGAGGGGCUGAAGAACCAGAGCCCGGCCGAAGCCGAGAAGCCGGCGUCUUCGUCGCCGCCCUCGUCGCCGCCGCUGACGAGGAACCUGGUCUUGGGCCUGGGCGCAGAGCUCUUCCUGUGGGACGGCGACGGCAGCUCCUUCCUGGCGGUCCGCCUGCGGGGCCUCGGCGGCGCGGGCGAGGAGCCCUCCCUGUCCCAGUACCAGAGAUUGCUGUGCAUAAAUCCGCCCUUGUUUGAAAUCUAUCAAGUCCUGUUAAGUCCAACACAGCAUCAUAUAGCACUUAUAGGAGUAAAAGGUCUUACAGUAUUUGAACUACCUAAAAGAUGGGGGAAGAAUUCUGAAUUUGAAGGCGGAAAAUCAACAGUGAACUGUAGUACCACUCCCGUCGCUGAGAGAUUUUUCACCAGUUCUACGUCUCUGACGCUGAAGCACGCCGCUUGGUACCCCGGUGAGCUGCUGGACCCCCACAUCGUGCUGCUGACGUCAGACAACGUGAUAAGGAUUUACUCUCUACGAGAGCCUCAGACCCCCGCCAGGGUCAUUGUGCUUUCCGAAGCCGAAGAGGAAAGCCUGAUACUCAAUAAAGGGAGGGCGUAUACCGCGUCUCUGGGGGAGACAGCAGUUGCGUUUGACUUCGGGCCGUUGUCCGCGGUCCCGAAGAGCAUGUUCGGGCAGAAGGGCAAAGGGGAAGUCGCGGCGCACCCGCUGUACAUCCUGUAUGAGAACGGGGAGACCUUCCUCACCUACGUCAGCCUGGCACACAGCCCCGGGAGUGUCGGGAAGCUGCUGGGCCCGUUGCCCAUGCACCCUGCGGCGGAAGACAACUACGGCUACGACGCAUGCGCCAUCCUCUGCCUGCCCUGCGUCCCCAACAUCCUGGUGAUCGCCACCGAGUCGGGCGUGCUGUAUCACUGCGUCGUGCUGGAAGGGGACGAGGAGGACGACCAGACAUCGGAGAAGUCCUGGGCCUCCAGGGCCGACUUCGUCCCCUCCCUGUACGUGUUCGAGUGUGUGGAGCUGGAGCUCGGCCUGACGCUCGCCGCCGGGGACGACGACCCCUUCGAUUCGGACUUUUCUUGUCCAAUCAAACUGCACAGAGAUCCCAAGUGUCCCUCCAGAUACCACUGUACUCACGAGGCCGGUGUGCACAGUGUUGGGCUCACUUGGAUUCAUAAACUUCACAAGUUUCUUGGGUCAGACGAGGAAGAUAAGGACAGUCUGCAGGAGCUCGGCGCCGAGCAGAAGUGCUUCGUGGAGCACAUCCUGUGCACGAAGCCGCUGCCCUGCAGGCAGCCGGCGCCCAUCCGGGGGUUCUGGAUCGUGCCCGACAUCCUGGGGCCCACGAUGGUCUGCGUCACCAGCACCUACGAGUGCCUCAUAAGGCCCUUGCUGAGCACGGUCCACCCGGCGUCUCCUCCCCUGCUCUGUACCCGAGAAGACGUGGCAGCGGCGGAGUCUCCCCUCCGCAUUCUGGCCGAAAGCCCGGAUUCUUUCGAAAAGCACAUCAGAAGCAUUUUGCAACGUAGUGUUGCAAAUCCCGCCUUUUUGAAUCACGGCAGACGCUCUACUCCCAGGUCGUCCGACGGAGACGCGGCCCCCGCCCCGGAGGAAUGCCUGCAGUUGCUGAGCAGGGCCACGCAGGUGUUCCGGGAGCAGUACAUCCUGAAGCAGGACCUGGCCAAGGAGGAGAUCCAGCGCAGGGUCAAGCUGUUAUGUGACCAAAAGAAGAAACAGCUGGAGGACCUCAAUUACUGCCGCGAGGAGAGGAAAAGCCUCCGGGAAAUGGCGGAGCGCCUGGCCGACAAAUACGAGGAAGCCAAGGAGAAACAGGAGGAUCUCAUGAACAGGAUGAAGACCGUGCUGCACCAGUUCCACACUCAGCUGCCGGUUCUGUCCGACAGCGAGAGGGACAUGAAGAAGGAGCUGCAGCUGAUCCCUGAGCAGCUGCGGCACCUGGGCAACGCCAUCAAGCAGGUCGCCAUGAAGAAGGACUAUCAGCAGCGGAAGAUGGAGAAGGUGCUGAGCCCGCAGAAGCCCGCCAUCGCGCUCAGCACCUACCAGCGCCGGUGCAUCCAGUCCGUCCUGAAGGAGGAGGGCGAACACAUAAGAGAGAUGGUGAAGCAGAUCAAUGAUAUCCGAAACCACGUCAACUUCUGAGUGCACGGGGAGCAGGUCCCCGGGGGGCGAGGCGGCGAAGGCUCUGACAGGUGGCCUCACCUACCUUACGCAGCGGCGCUGUCGGUGAACUGGGCCCUGGUGAUUGGUCUUUCAUACUGGUUUUAUAAUUAAUAAAUGCUGUUAUUUG